AUGCCUAUUCGCGUGAGAUCCAAGGCGCAGCCGGUGCGCGACAUGAGCCCCGUGUCUGCCAGGAUGGACUUCGACAUGCCCGACAUUGCGGAAGACGACUCUUUCCGCAACGUCGUCCGCAAGCUAUCUACAUACUUUUACGACGCCAUCGAGCUGCCUAGCACCUUUGAGCAGCUUAGGACGACUGCAGCGGGCAACUGCAUACGCGUGCUCGUCGACCACCUCAACGACACCUGCACCAACCCUGCUAUUGUCAAUGCUCUACUCGCUCUCAAGUGGCACUAUGCCGCCGAUAGCGAGCAUCAGGGCCUUGGCGAGACGCGCUCCAACGCCUGCGAGAUCGUUGCAUGGCGCUUCCUAUCUCGGCUCUCCGAGCGAGAGGCCAUGAACUACUGCCUCUACGAGAUUCCUGAUCCAAAGGGAGAUGAGGAUGAGCGGCCUGUCGAACGCGACCAAGAGGCCGGCGAGACCUCCCCGUUGCUGCCGCGCAUCCUGCCCAGUGCCGACGACGAUGCCACGCAACGGCCGGCCGGCAGCUCGACCAAAAAGGCGACUCUACUUAGCUCCCUGUCCAGACUGACUAACGCUAGCGAAGACGCGCCCGACGACCUUGACCCGACCAUCGCGUUUAAAAGCCUUAACGCGCUGGAGAUAGCGGCCAUUGCCGAUGCCAAGCGUUUCCUCAGUCAGCAUGCCGUGCAAAAGAUCAUCACCGGAAUUUGGAAUGGAGACAUUGUGUUUUGGGAUUCGCUCUCCGUGCACUCUACCAAGAAGCACAAGUACUACAACCCGCAAAAGUCUGAUCCCUUCUCCCGCUUGCGCGUUCCCAAAUACCUCAAGAGCUGGGAGGUCCUCUUCUUUCUCGUUUUCCUUGGCCUCUACUACACGGUCCUCAUUGUCCGCGACGAGGAGCACAUUACCGUGACAGAAGUCAUUCUAUACCUGUGGAUUGCGGCCUUUUUCUACGACGAACUGACCGAAUGGAUGGAUGCCGGAUCCGUCUUCUACGCCACAGAUAUAUGGAACCUGUUCGACAUGAUAAUGAUCUUCAUCGGCUUCACUUUCGGCGUCCUAAGAAUUAUUGGCAUCACUCGCCAGGACAAGCAACUUACCGAUGUGGCCUUCAACGUGCUUUCCCUGGAGGCGCUAUUUAUGAUGCCGCGCAUCUGCUCCAUCUUAAGCCUGAGUCCGUACUGGGGUACCUUGAUUCCCUGUCUCAAGGAGAUGGGCAAGGACUUUCUCAAGUUCAUGGUGCUCGUCGUCAUCAUCUACUUCGGCUUCCUCACCACAUUCUCUCUUGUCGGUCGCGACACCUUUGGCCUUGGCAGGAUGACGGGUAUCCUCACCAAGAUCUUCUUUGGCUCAAGCUACGUUGGCUUCGAGAUCAUGAACCAGAUUGAUCCCAUCUUCGGACCGCCCCUCAUGAUCAUCUUCAUCACCCUCUCAUCUAUCCUUCUGACUGGCUCCCUCACGGGUAUGCUGUCCAACAGCUUCUCCCGCGUCAUCACGCACGCACGGGAAGAGUACCUCUACGUCUACAGCGUCUACGUCUUGGAGGCAUCCACGAGUAAUAGGCUUACGCAUUUCUACCCCCCAUUCAACCUCAUCGCACUCGUCAUUUUUCGGCCACUACGUCUCAUCUUCCGCCGCGAUGACAAGUUCCGUCAAGGCCGAAUCCUCCUGCUCAAAGUGACACACUUGCCGAUUGUUGGGGCAAUUCAGCUGUACGAGCUUGUUAGACGCAGGGUCAGCGGUGCUGGCACGUUUAAGGGACCUAAGGAGGCUAAGCGAAGGCGUCCUCGGCCGUUCGCCAGGCCCGCUUCGGGCCACCACAGUCGGCAGCUGUGGCCUUCUUCUCCCCGCAUCGGAUCGAGGUCGACUGAACGCCCGCGUGACGACGACGAACUGAUGGACGCACCGACGGCUGUCGAGGUGCAAAUGUCGGAGCUGUCGAGCAAGAUUGAGAAGCUGACUGCGGCGGUGAUGGCCCUGCAGGAGAGCCAGGUGGUGCCGAAGCCCGCGUCGGAGAGCCUGAGCGCGUCGGCAUCUUGA